GCAUGCGCCUGCAUACAAUUACCGAGCUGCGAGCUGCUCCCAGGCAAAAUCAGCUGUUUGUGACAUUGCUUCACCUGGGUAUUGUUGGUGAAGGCCACGGAUCGUCAAUAAAUUUCUGUUUUUUCGGAGCUGUAAGGCCUUCAAUGCAUCACACCUUCAGUUCGUAUCAAAGAAUAGAUUUAAACAGAUCAGGGGGAGAUAUCUGAACCAUUCUGUCCUUCAUUCCCAUCGACAGAACACGAACGCUGCCCAUUUCCACUGCAUUCUGCACGGAGUCGCCUGCCAGUGAAUAGGGACAGCUCGAUAGCCUUCCUGCUCAAAUUCGUCCAACUUUAACCAAAGUUUUCUCGAUAACUGAGGCAAUAUGUUGGAUAUUCAGGACUUCCCGAGGCUACAUCUAUCUAGAAAUAUCAUUGAAAGUGUUCGGAACAACAUAAAUGUCAUAGAUGGUUGUGGUCUUGAUCAUUGUGGGAAUCACGAGGACAGUGACCAGGACACCAAGAUGGCUCAGUUUGUCUCACACCUUAUCUUCCACACACUAAGGAAAGCCAAGGACAAGCACUUCAACGGCAAACUACUUAUCCCUAGCAAUCUACCCGACCACGUCGCACGUGACAUCCUCCUCAUGGCACGAGAAGAACCCUGUGGUGUUCGUGGAUGCUCAUUGGACAUUGUCUACGAAAAUGGCGAAUUGUGCAGAAGGUUUGGAAGGAUCGCAGUUGACCCCGACACGGUAACAACUUUUGAAAUCACAGUUGUGUUGGGGAGAGACUCACCGAAAUGGUUCCUCUCGAAAAUGCAAUCAGUUUUAAGGAACUCUGCGGAACAGAUCGUCUUGAAAUCUAGUUACAAGCUUGUGAAGAAUAAACUCUACAGAAGGAAUGGCAGCAUAUGCAUCAAAGAAGGAUCAUAAGCCACUGACAUGGACCUACAUUUUUGUACUUUUUUUACGUAAGUGAACUUUGUGGCUGUUGCAAUAAACUACCCUACAGCGAGCGACUUAUGAUUAUGAACAUUUGCAGAUUUUCUUCCUUUUUUCCUUUUCUAGUUAACUUUUUUAAAGCCGCUUUCUAUUUUCGGAUUGUCUACAUGUCAUGCAAGUGUCCACUCUACUGCAAUAUUUUUUUUUGUUAUCAACUUUGUCUACCAGUAUUUUUUUUUUCUUACGAAGCACAAUAAAAGUAUUCUGCUAACCUUGUGCAAAAAAAGGCUGUACAAUCCACCGUGCUGCGUAAGAAAUGUUUUGUAGUUGACUAAUGUUUUAGCUUACAUAAAUAAGUUGCAUUGGUCCGCUGUCUGAAAUUUCUUUCUUAUACCAUUCCAUUUUAUACGAACGUACCAUGUGCAUAAUAUGGUGCUGGUUAAUAAAUGCUACUUUUCUUUCUUGUGUUACGCAAUGGUAGCAAUGAAAGCAGAUUACCUUUUUGUUUUUCAUCCUUGUGUAUUCAUUCAUUGCCCGUAUUAAAGACUGCAUCAGGCCAUGCUGUAUUCAUUCAUAUAGUUGGCACCGUUGAUCGGUGCAAUAGUCAAUAUAACCCACAGCUGAGAAGCUACAAACGUGUAUACAUGUAUGUACUUGUAUAAAGUUUGCAUUGAUUAAACUCAUCAUGCUAAUCUCUGAUACACUGCCAAUGUGCAAGUAUACAUCAUUACAUAUAGCUUUGAUACAGGGCUUUGAAAGCCUUUGCUUUGCCAGAGAUUAUGCUGCGAAAUCGAUAUACUAGUACCUGGAAAAUAGGGUCGCCCAAGGGAGGGGUGGGGGAUUCUGCAUGCUUAAUGCAUUAAAUCACUUUGCAUGGUUAUAAUUUAUAAAUAACAUGUACUGUAAUUUCAUUUGAUCAGGGUAUAAAAAAAAACUAGGUAUUACUCUGUGUAUCAAGUGUCACAGGGUAAAAUAUUCUUAAUCAUUUGUCAUUCACCAGUCGAGUAUUACAAUGCAAGCAUCAUAUAGAAUUGUUAAGUACAAUUUGUAGGCAUGAACUAUUGAACUCAUUCAUUUCUCUGUGAGUGUGAACCACAUGUAUUAAUAGUUGUUUUGUUUAAUCCACAGUGCUUGCAAUAUUUUAAACUUGAUACUGGUAGUGGAUACUACACAAAGUGAAUGAACAUGAUACAGGGUUGUAGCCAGUAUCGCUACACUUCAAAUAUUGCAAGCGAUUACUAGUACACAAAGUGAAUAAAUAAGAUACAGGGUUUUAGCCAGUAUCACUACACUUCAAUUAUUGCAAGCCAAUAUAGAUGAAUCAUGGCUAGCUCAGGGUCCUGUAACCCAAUGCUUCAAGAUUGAUUAUAAAGCUGAUAUUUAUGAUUGAUUCCAUUAAUCAUUAUGUGCAGUUAAUCGCAAGUCGACUGUGCAAUCAAUCAUGCUUGUGUUUUGGAACCCUAGUCAUAGUCGGGUACAAUUGUAGAUGAUAUUAAAUUAUUAUGAACUUGGUAUAUUUUCUGCAGAUUGGUGCCAUGUCCCUUCCAUAUUCAGCAAAGAUGGGUGUUUAAGCUGAAUUUGAUGUACAAGUCACUUCUAUUGUCUAACUUCAUGCAUUUAAGGUCAAAUUUGCAUAUUGGCCAGUCUUUUUUUCAAGCUGUCAAUGCAAACAUCGCAUUUCUUUUGAUUGAUGUAUUUUUAGUUAUUACCUUUAUCCAUAUUUGUUACUGAAAUGGAAGUAAAUAUGAAUGGGAUAAUGUCCCUCCCCCUAAAAACAAUUCCCUUUUCAACUCGAGGUGCUUGUUAGUAAUGAAAUCACAAGCUUUCACUUCUUUUGUUUUGACUUCUUUUUUUUUGGGUCUAAUUUCUGCAACUGUACUAAGAUUUUUCUGAUGGUCACUUUUAUAGAAUAAAUGUUUCAUCUUGGGCUGGAAUCCGAGAUGGAGAUGUACUUAAAAAUAGAAAAAGGGAAAAAUUACUAACCUAUUACUUUACCAAAAACAUAUUAUUUUAAACGUUUUUAAUAAGUCAUUACCUAUUGCUGUUAAUCUGGUAAAUAUGCAGUUAUAACAAAAACUAAUCUUGCUCUUCAUUUUUUUUUUCAGUAUGAAUAUGUUUCGUCAUAUCAUAUGUUUUAUAUUAAAAACUGCAAGACUUUUCAUACAUGAUGGCUAAUAGUACAACAAACCUGUAUGAUGCCAUAAUAAUUGUUACCAGUUACUAAUUAUAGCUAAGUAAUGAUUCCUUGAAAGUAUUUUGUGGCUGUGGUUUUCAAUCUUGAGGUAUGAAAAUUUUGUGGUUUUGCCCCUUUCCAACUUCCUACGCUUUUGUGUGGAGACUAUCGGAUCGGUCCAAUUCUCACUCCCCCCCCCCCUUUUUUUUUCCUUGUUGAAGGGUGGUUCAGGUUUUUUUGUUGUUGAGAAAUUGCAUUAAUUGAUGUUCUUUUAUUUUGUUAACCAGAAUAACUGCAAUGUGCUGAGGUUGUCAGUCCUUUUUCCUUAAUCCUUUUUUUUGGGGGGUUAGAAUUUUUUUUUUUUACAUUGCAAUGUUUCGUUGAUUUGUUAAGGUCAGAUGCUACAUUGAAUCGUCCCCAAUACUUUACUUUAACACUUAUGUUUCUACUGUGUAUCCCUUUUCAUCAGUCGGUUGACUAUAUAGGACCCCCUCCUUUCUGAAAUACACGGUUCACCUGGAUAACUGUUGUCAAUUGCUUUUAUACUUUCUACAUUUACUGUGUUUGUGUACAAUAUGAUUUGUUGAUCACAUUUACAUUAACUACACUUUUCAUCUGAUGUAAUACUUGUUUAUGUGAACACUCAGUAUGUUUUCAUUUGGAAAAAAUAUGCAAUAAAAUAUGUGAAGAAAUUAAAAAGUUGAAAACACUA